GCUGCACCGUAGUAGACCGCGUACCGUGAAUUUAAUUUGCUGAUUAUUGGUUAGCCUAAUUUUGUUCGUUUAAAAAGCCUUUUGCUGGAAGGAGGGACAACCACCUGCAAUGUCUCAGGCUGAGGUGGACAGCAUGUCUGGACUUAGUUUCUCAAAGUUACCGGCGAGUUUCGACCCGGAGUCCUUUUUUCCAGCACGAUUACCACCGAGGCGGAGGAGACACUCGGCAAACGCGAGGAGAAAUGCCUAUCGGUUGAACAAAAUCCACACCAUGGAUCUCGAGUCUGACGAAAACGAUGCUCCUCUUACUAAAACUCUCUCCUGGUCUGCUGACGAUAUUUUGUCUGAGAGCACAAACGAGGAGAAAAAAGCGGACACUUCUGCUCAUGUGUCACCUGAUUCGAGCUCAAGCUCUCCUCAUGGUACCCAGGAUUCAGACCCAACGCCAGAGCUGGAUAAAUGGGACGCUGAUGACCGCAGUUCAAAAGCACUUGAUGCUAGUUCAGAUUCCGAGGACGGAAUCAAUCACAAAAAGGUCGUUUUGUCCCGUGUUCCUCUUGAGAGUAAAUUGGAGCAAGAAGAGAAGGAUGAAGUUGAGACCAAAGCCGUGGCAACGUCUCCUGACGGACGAUUUCUAAAAUUUAACAUUGAAAUUGGUAGGGGGUCCUUCAAGACGGUUUACAAAGGCUUGGAUACGGAGACAACCGUGGAAGUGGCAUGGUGCGAACUACAGACACGAAGGUUGAUGAAGGCGGAACGACAGCGAUUCAGCGAAGAGGUCGAGAUGCUGAAAGGCCUACAGCACCCAAACAUCGUCCGUUUCUACGACUCCUGGAAGUCAACUGUCAAAGGACACAAGUGCAUCAUCUUAGUCACAGAGCUCAUGACCUCUGGGACCCUGAAGACGUACCUAAAGAGGUUCAAAGAGAUGAAACUGAAACUUUUGCAACGUUGGAGCCACCAGAUCCUGAAGGGUCUUCACUUUCUGCACACGCGUACCCCUCCCAUCAUCCAUCGAGACCUCAAAUGCGACAAUAUCUUCAUCACUGGUCCGACGGGCUCCGUGAAGAUUGGAGAUCUGGGCCUUGCUACACUCAAGAGUGCCUCUUUUGCCAAAAGUGUCAUCGGUACCCCUGAGUUCAUGGCACCAGAGAUGUACGAGGAGAAGUACGAUGAGGCCGUGGAUGUUUACGCCUUCGGGAUGUGCAUGUUGGAGAUGGCCACUUCAGAGUACCCAUACUCAGAGUGCCAGAACGCUGCGCAGAUCUACCGCAAAGUCACAAGCGGCAUGAAGCCAGAUAGCUUCUUCAAAGUAAAAGUCCCCGAACUGAGGGAGAUCAUUGAAGGAUGCAUCCGCAUGAACAAAGAUGAAAGGUACACUAUUCAGGAUCUGCUGGAGCACCCGUUCUUCCAGGAGAACAACGGCGUCCACGUCGAGCUGGCCGAGGAGGACGACAUGGUGAAAUCCGAACUGAAGCUCUGGCUUCGCAUGGACGACACCAAGAAGCUGCACGGGAAGUACAAGGACAACAACGCCAUUGAAUUUCUCUUCGAGCUCUACAAAGACGUGCCAGAGGAAGUGGCUCAGGAGAUGGUGGUGCUGGGGUUCGUCUGUGAGGCUGACUACAAGUUGGUGGCCAAGGCCAUCCGCGACCGCGUGACCUCCAUCAAGCGGCAACGCGAGAAACUCCGCCGGCAGGCCGAGGAGGCGCAGAGGAGACGCCAGGAGGAGGUGAUCGAGGAGGAGCCGGAGCCAGAGCAGGCCCCCGAGUCCGAGCACCCCGUCUCCGUCCCUGCACAAAAUCCAGCCCUGAAGUCCUCGGAGACACCCGCGUCCACCCCGGCACAAACGCCACCAACCGUCACCGUGUCUGGACCAGCUCCAUCGCCAGCCGUUGGCUCGAUGGACUCGGGCAUCAAUGCCAGCUUCACUACCGAGCCAGAGGAACCAGAAACAGACCAGCAACUGCACUACAACAUUCGUCACGCCAGCUAUUCCUCAGCCACCUCUGACUGCGAGACAGAUGGAUACCUGAGCUCCUCUGGGCUCCAGGAGCCCUCUGAAGGACCUCUCCCAAGCCAAAACCCUGCCCCUGCCGCCCCACCACCACCAAUGGAAACGUCUCAUGCGGAUGUCCCGCCCGUCGAAGCUCCUCCCAUCCAGGAUGCACCAAUACCAGCCCUUCGCUUCCCCUCGAGUAUCGCCGUAUCUCACAACACUGAACGCGUCCAGUCAGGAUCAGCCAGUGGGUUCUCCUCACCUGUCGACAGCUAUGCCUCUGAUGUGACGUCUGGUUUGAGUGACGGAUACGAAGGCCUAUCGGAGAAGAGCGUUAGGGGCCCUAAGCGUACAGGAAACAAGCUGCUCAAGAGGAGGACCCGCUCACGCCUGCGCAUCACAGCGCUUUCAGACAAAGUGGACCGGGUAGUGGAGUGCCAACUACAGACACACAACAGCAAAAUGGUGACAUUUAAAUUCGACCUGGAUGGAGACAAUCCAGAGGAUAUCGCUGCAGUAAUGGUCCAUAAUGAGUUCAUCCUGCCAUCGGAAGAGGAGGGCUUCAUCCACCGCAUGAGAGACAUCAUCAGGAGAGCGGAGACGCUGAUGAGGAAGGAGCCGCUGGGUCUGACCCAGGGAAACGCGUCGCGCCUGCCUUACCUGAGCGGAGCAGGCACCCUGUCAGCCUCGCAGCCCAAUCUGGCCACACAAGGGUUAGCCCGCACGCAUUCCUCAUCCUCCCUUCCAGAUUACACAGCUGCCAGCCUGGGUCAGGGGAACCACGGUUCUACCCCAGCACUCAAUGCAGAUUUCUACAUCGACCCGGAUGCAGUUCCGCCCGUGCGCCCUCUUCGCUCCCAGUCCUUUCACACGUCAGGCUCUUCCCAGACUUACCACCCAACCACAUCCAAUUACCCACAGUUCUCCAACCCUGAUGCUUUGCCUCUACUACUGCCAAACCAGGUUGCCGGACAGUACCCCAAACCACCCUAUGUUCACAACCCUGCGUUCCCCUACCGCUACCCAGUCAACCAGCCCUCUCUGAAGCCUUCCCCCCUUGUUCGUGUUCCCAGUAACCCUAACUUCUCCACCUCUUCCCUAACCUCCGGAACUCAAGGGGGAGAGCUUGUGCCUCCGCCCGAAGCCGUUUCUCUGGCUGCCCCUACUGGUCCCCAACCUCCGCCACUACCCCAGCAGGCUGCGGGAAUGUGGCCACCGGGUCAGCAGCCACUUCUGUCACUGGCCAACGUGCUUUCGCUGGCCAUGAGCGUGGCUCAGUCCUUCAUGCCCAACACCUCCAUGCCUUCCAACCUGCCACAAGGGUUCCACCAUCAUGUGGCCACCCAAGGAGGUUUCCCAAGUGUGUACACCCCCCAGCAGCCGGGCCUUGGCAAGGGUGAGGCGGCCUACCAGCAGAGUGCCCAGAUGGGUCAGUACAUGGACAUGUACCAGUAUUCUGACACCCAUCCCCCAAUGCAACCCGGUACCGGCCUUGACCCACAGGAAGGAAAGGCAAACGUAGCACCUCGCACAGGAGGGCCUACAGGGCACAAAGAGGGAGCAGGAAUGGGUCCCACAGACGCCAGGCAACCCGUCUCCACCAGCAGUCCCAACCCGAUUCAUGGUUCCCAAACGAAUCUCCAGGCAGAGAGUCACUCAAUCCCAAAGGAGCCGCCCCAGAUGGACAGCGCAUCCUCAACCUCCACCUCCUCCUCCAUCACCAGUUCCCCAACAUCCUCUGCCUCCCACAGCCCUCAGAACACUGUGUUUUCACCCACACCUGGAGACUCCUGUUCUCUGAUUGUGCCUGAGGCACUGACUAACUCUGCCAAGGGCCGACUGUCUCCCAUCUCUGAAGAGAAUAAACCCACACGUACCGUGGGCCGAUUCCAGGUCACUCCGAGCCAAGAGAUCCCCUCAUCUCCGUCUAAACCAGCCCGUCCCCAGACGCCUCCCCCACCAACGCGUAACAGCCCGCCCCCUGCCCGUCACAGCCACUCAGAAAGCAGCACAGAGGACGUGGGCGAAUCAGAAGCCAGCUUGAGCACUCUCACCUUGUCACCCCCAAACAAGCCAUUCAACGGGCCCCCGCACGAAUUGCACAGGGACGGUGAGCAUGAGGACGGAGAGCUGGAAGAGGAGGAGGGAGAGAGAAGGGGAAGGAGAAUAAGCGUUAGCCUGUGGGAUGCCUCUCUCAGCAGCCCUCAGUUCAGUAACGGCUUGACCCAGCCUUGGAUGACUUACAAUCGCAGCACCUCGUACGUGAGCAGCGAUGAAACGGAGAGCGAGGACGAGGAGAUGCUUGAGGAGCUGAAGGAGCUAAGGAGGAGGCAUCUGUCUGAGGUGCAGAGCCUGCAGGCGGCUCAAAAGCGAGAGAUCGAGGAGCUGUACGAGAGGAUGGGUAAAGUCCCGCCCCCAGGAAUCGUGUCCCCGGCGGCAAUGCUGUCCAGUCGCCAGCGACGGUUGUCCAAGAGCGGCGGCUAUCCACCAUCUCGCCGGAACAGCCUGCAGAGACUGGACAUACUGCCCCCUACGGGAAUUAUGCGCAAGAACUCGGUCAGUGGCAGCAGCAGUGGGUCUCAGGAGAGGACCACCAAGGGCGUGACCUUCGCCACUGACUACAACAGAAUGUGAGCCACUCUUGUCUUAUGUCCAACGCUGUUCUGAAUGACAGUUUUCCAAAUGGCAACUGCAAGCAAGUAACACCGAGGCAGAGUUUCCUGUUAUAGAUGUAUGGAG